GUGCGUGGUGAGUGAAAAUAAUGUAUUCAGGGGUGAAAGGGUUGUUUAACAGGAGCCAAAAGGUGAAGGGAAGAGUGGUGUUGAUGCGUAAGAAUGUGCUUGACAUAAACAGCAUAACGAGUGUGAAAGGGGUUAUUGGCACUGGCAUCAACCUCCUUGGUUCAGCUGUAGAUGGUCUCACUUCCUUCCUUGGUCGAUCUGUCUCUCUCCAGUUGAUUAGUUCUACCAAGCCUGAUGCAAAUGGAAAUGGGAUAAUUGGAAAGAAGACCUAUUUGGAAGGUAUUAUUAGCUCUAUACCAACUUUGGGAGCUGGCCAAUCUGCAUUCAAUAUUCAUUUUGAAUGGGAUGGUGAGAUGGGAAUUCCUGGAGCUUUUAUAAUCAAAAAUUACAUGCAAGUUGAGUUCUUCCUCGUCAGUUUGACUCUUGAAGACAUUCCUAAUCAAGGAACCAUGCACUUUGUUUGCAACUCAUGGGUUUACAAUUCUAAAGUUUACGAAAAUGAUCGAAUUUUCUUUGCCAGCCAGACAUAUGUGCCAAGUGAAACACCAGGUCCACUAGUGACAUACAGAGAAGCAGAAUUGAAGGCUCUGAGAGGAAAUGGAUCUGGGAAGCGCAAGGAAUGGGACAGAGUUUAUGAUUAUGAUGUUUACAAUGAUUUGGGCAAUCCUGAUAGCGGUGAAAACUUAGCUCGUCCAGUUCUUGGAGGAUCUGUCACUUAUCCUUACCCUCGCCGGGGAAGAACUGGUAGAAAACCAACAAAGAAAGAUUUGAAAAGUGAGAAACCGGGCGAAGUUUAUGUUCCAAGAGAUGAAAAUUUUGGUCACUUGAAGUCAUCUGAUUUCCUUAGUUACGGGAUAAAAUCUCUGUCAAGAAACUUCUUGCCUGCACUCAAAUCAGUAUUUGAUUUAAAUUUCACACCAAAUGAGUUUGAUAGCUUCGAAGAAGUACGUUCACUCUGUGAAGGUGGAAUUAAACUGCCUACAGAUAUUCUCUGCAAAAUUAGCCCCUUACCUGUUCUCAAGGAAAUAUUCCGCACUGAUGGUGAAAGUGUCCUCAAGUUUUCAGUACCUGAUUUAAUUAAAGUUAGUAAGUCAGCAUGGAUGACUGAUGAAGAAUUUGCAAGAGAGAUGAUUGCUGGUGUAAACCCUUGCGUGAUUCGCCGUCUACAAGAGUUCCCACCACUAAGUAAGCUGGAUCCCUCAGUCUAUGGUGAUCAAACAAGUAAAAUGACUAAAGAACACUUGGAGAUUAACCUUGAAGGGCUCACAGUAGAUAAGGCAAUUGAGGAUAAGAGAUUGUUCAUAUUAGAUCACCAUGAUGUAUUCUUGCCAUUUUUGAGAAGGAUAAACGAAUCAAAAUUGGCGAAGUCUUAUGCCACGAGGACGAUCCUUUUGUUGAAAGAUGAUGGAACUUUAAAGCCAUUGGCCAUUGAAUUAAGUUUGCCACAUCCAGGCCAACAAAAUCUUGGUUUCUAUAGCAAAGUCAUCUUACCAGCAAAUGAAGGUGUUGAAAGUACAAUUUGGCUAUUGGCCAAGGCUCAUGUUAUUGUGAAUGAUUCAUGCUAUCAUCAGCUCAUAAGCCAUUGGUUGAAUACUCAUGCUGUGAUUGAGCCGUUUGUCAUAGCAACAAACAGGAAUUUGAGUGUUCUUCACCCUGUUUAUAAACUUCUGUUUCCUCACUAUCGUGACACGAUGAACAUCAAUGCACUUGCUCGACAAUCACUAAUUAAUGCUGAUGGCUUUAUAGAACAAACAUUUUUGGGGGGAAAGUAUGCUGUGGAGAUCUCUUCUGCAUUUUACAAGAAUUGGGUGUUCACUGACCAAGCAUUACCUGCUGAUCUUAUCAAGAGAGGAAUGGCUAUUGAGGACUCAUCUUGUCCCUAUGGCCUCCGUCUUGUGGUAGAGGACUACCCUUAUGCUGUGGAUGGACUAGAGAUAUGGAACGCUAUCAAGAUAUGGGUCCAAGAUUAUGUCUCCUUGUACUAUGCCACAGAUGAUGCAGUUAAGAAAGACCAUGAACUCCAAGCUUGGUGGAAAGAAGUUGUUGAGAAGGGUCACGGUGACUUAAAGGACAAGGCGUGGUGGCCUAAAGCACACACUCGUGAAGAGUUGAUCCAAUCCUGUAGUACCAUUAUAUGGACUGCUUCAGCUCUUCAUGCAGCAGUUAAUUUUGGACAAUACCCUUAUGGUGGUUUUAUCCUGAACCGUCCAACUCUUAGCAGAAGAUUGAUCCCAGAAAAAGGAACUCCAGAAUAUGAUGAGAUGGUCAAGAAUCCUCAAAAGGCUUAUUUGAGAACCAUUACUCCAAAGUAUCAGGCUCUUGUGGACCUUUCAGUGAUAGAAAUAUUGUCAAGGCAUGCUUCUGAUGAGGUGUACCUUGGACAGAGGGACAAUCCAAAUUGGACCUCUGAUCCAAGGGCAAUAGAGGCCUUUAAAAAGUUUGGAAAAAGGCUAGAAGAGAUUGAGACAAAAAUCUCAGAAAGGAACCAUGAUCCAAAACUUAGAAACCGAACUGGGCCGGCUCAAUUGCCCUACACUGUGCUUCUUCCCACCAGUGAAACAGGCUUGACUUUUAGAGGAAUCCCUAAUAGUAUCUCUAUCUAAACGUGCUAGUGUGUGGCUUCAAUAACAGACGCAAUGCUCAAGUUAUGUGUCGUUGUGUUUGUAUGGAUGUAUCAUUGUGUGCGCUUAUUUAAGUAAUAUUGUGUUUAGAUGAUCCAUGGGUUUGGAUGUUAGUAAUUAGGGUGGCGUUUGUAACGCUAAUAAAUAUGUUCACUAGCAAAUUACUUGUUAUAGCAUAUAAUUGUUAGACUUUUUUACUUAGUUGGGGUAUAUGAAAACCAAAAUUGUAUUAUUAUUAUUA